CACAGAUUGGAUCUGUGUAUGUGUGUGAGUGAGUGUAUGUGUGUGUGUGUGGAGCAGUUCACUCCAUAGUGAGAGUGUCGCCAACCACUGGACUGUGAAACGAGGAAUAAAAGGACAUCCUCAGGAGGAACUCGCUCUCGAGAAAAUUGAAGAUCAGUAGAUUUUCCUUUUUGUUUUUAAUUUUCCUCGGUACAGGUUGAAGCGGUGCAGCCGGUCCAGAAGCGAGCAGUAUGCAUUCAGACUGCAGGCUGCUAUGGGCAGAGCGGUAAUGGUGGGCAGGGGACCGACAGGGGCCGGGGUUCUCGUCCUGUCGAUUCUCAUCAUUCUCACCACGGAAAGCUGUCGAGCGCAGAAAGGUGAUGGCUGUGGCCCCAGUGUGCUUGGCCCCAGCAGUGGGACUCUGUCCUCUCUGGGUUACCCAGGGACAUACCCCAACAACACGGUGUGUGAAUGGGAGAUCAGUGUGCCCCGUGGCAACAGGAUCCACUUUCGCUUUGCUGAGCUGGACAUAGAAAACAGCGACUGCCAGGUCAACUACCUCCGCCUAUACAACGGCAUCGGACCCGAGAGGAGUGAAAUUGUGAAGUACUGCGGUUUGGGUCUGAAGGUUAAAGAGCCGAUCGAGUCCACUGGCAACCAAGUCACUGUCCAGUUCAUGAGUGGGACCCACCACACUGGACGUGGAUUCUACCUGUCCUACUCCACCACUGAACACACAGAUCUAAUCACCUGUCUGGACAAAGGAACUGAUUUCCCCCAGGCAGAGUUCAGUAAAUACUGUCCAGCAGGCUGCCUGACAUCUACUGAGGAGAUUUCUGGAACUAUACCAAAUGGAUACAGAGAGUCGUCUCCCCUGUGUGUGGCAGCCAUCCAUGCAGGUGUGGUGUCCAACGCUGUGGGAGGGAGGAUCAGCGUGGUCAGCAGCAAAGGCAUCCCUCAUUAUGAGGGCACACUGGCUAACAAUGUCACUUCCACUGGAGGAACUUUGUCAAACAGCCUCUUCACCUUCAGGACCAAUGGCUGCUAUGGGACGCUGGGAUUAGAGUCUGGUGGUGUUGCAGACACUCAGCUCUCUGCUUCAUCUGUGUGGGAGUGGAACAUCUUUGGUCAGCACAGCGAGUGGGUGCCAUCGGGGGCUCGCCUUAAAAAGGCAGGGCUGCCCUGGGCGCCUUCUCAGAAUGACCAGCAGCAGUGGCUGCAGAUCGAUCUCAAGAGGGAGAAGAGGAUCACAGGCAUCGCCACCACAGGCUCUACCCUGAGAGAGUAUCAGUACUAUGUUUCAGCAUACCGGGUCCUGUACAGUAAUGAUGGCCAGCAGUGGUACAACUACAGGGAAACAAAUUCUACACAAGACAAGAUUUUCCAAGGCAAUAUCAACUACCUGCACGAGGUGAGGAAUAACUUCAUUCCUCCAAUCGAGGCCCGGUUUGUGAGGAUAGAUCCCACCUUAUGGCACCAGAGAAUCGCGCUCAAGUUGGAGCUGCUUGGCUGCCAAAUUCCUGCAGCGAGGCGGAGGACAGAGCUGAAUCCGAGGAUGAUACCCCCUUCUCGUCAUACUCCACCCCCUGUGGGUACAAAACGCCCGCCUCACCUUGGCCAAACUACACACACCCCAGACAUAAGAAACACCACUAUGCCUCCCCACACCAAUAAAGAUGUGGCCCUGGCAGCAGUCCUGGUUCCCGUGUUGGUCAUGGUUCUGACUGCUCUCAUCUUGACUGUGGUUUGUGCUUGGCACUGGAGGAACAGGAAAAAGAGCUCUGAAGGAACAUACGAUCUUCCUCACUGGGAUCGCACAGACUGGUGGAAGAGCAUGAAGCAGCUGCUGCCGUCCAAGAUGGUGGAGACCGAGGAUUCAGUUCGGUACAGCAGCAGUGAGGUGGGCCGGAUAACGGGGAGAGGUGCUGUACCGCGACUACAUGCUGAGCCUGCAGAAUAUGCCCAGCCACUGGUGAGCGGUGUUACAACAUUAGGUGCACGAUCAACUUUUAAACCAGACGAGGGGCCUGAUCCAGGAUACUCAGAUCCGGACCUGUAUGACGCCCCCAUCUCACCAGACGUGUACCACGCCUACGCAGAACCCCUGCCAGCUUCGGGAUCUGAAUAUGCUACACCCAUUGUGGUUGAUAUGGGUUGCCACCCAUCAGGGGGCUCCUCUUUGAACCAGCCCACCACUGUGUGUAGCUUCAUGGGCGCCGGGCCCGCCUCCCUGCUCACACGAACAGACAGUGGCCAGUCAGGGAGGUUGGCGUACGAUACACCGAAGAAUGCCACUGGACAGGUCACACCCACUGAGGAUCUGACUUAUCAGGUGCCUCAGAGUUGCUCUCAGAAACCAGCAGGACAGAGCUGAAGGGGGAUGCACAUUGCCUUAAUCACUGCUCAGCGCAACCCACUGGACAAAGAUAGAGCGGGUUGUUAAAGGAUGAGGAGGUGUGAACCUGUGAGCCCUGGAGCCUGGGCUUGAGUCUUGAAUGAACACUACCUUAGCUUUAGAUUCAUCUGGAGAUGUCUGUAUUGCCUAAUUGUUUCUGCAUGGCCACAAUCUGCUUGUGUAGUGCCAUUACAGUCCUAUCACUGAAACCACAAAGAUGAAUGUGUUUGUGCCUGGUGUGAGCGUCGGAGGGAUGAAAAGGAGAAAGCUGACUACUAUUUGCUAAAAGACUUUGUCCCUGUUCUGUGAUUCUUAGUAGUUCUUGCAUUCUGUGAAACUGUGAUUUCCAUGAUUCCCUUUAUUAUUCUGUUACAUACUAAACCAGGAUCGACUGACAUGUGCUUCAUGAUAUACUUUCAUCAAAUCUAAUGGUUCUCUAUGAAUUGCAUGUUGCAUUAAGUAGUCCACAGUCAUGGUCAAACAAUUCUUCCUUUCUAGAGAAACUCUAGUUUUCAUGGUACGUUUUGUCUUACUUUUUUUUUUUUUUUUUUAAAGCAUGACUUGAAAUUGUGUAUAAUUCUAGUAAUUCCAUUAAUGCAAACCUGUUAAAACUCUCAAGUGAUUUACUGAUAUUUAUUUUUAUUUCACAUCCUGCUGAUAAGGAGAGACUCUUAUUAAAAAAAAAAAAUACCCCACCACUACCCGUACUGACGACAGAUCAGAAAUUUGUGGUUACACUGUUGUAGACUGACAAUGAGUGUCAGUGCAUUUUUCUUUAAUUUUUUCUUUUUUAAAACUUGUCAGAGAUGUUGUAUGUUAACCUGAAGAGGCCGAUCGGGAGAAUCAAAUCCAACAUACUCCCCAAAGCGAAAAUACUUUUUUGUAGUAUUGGAGACCAAAUGUUGCCUUUUCUAUGUUUAUGCAAUGUUGAUUCACAGCAGAUUCGACUUUAACAACCUGUGCCAACAUCGCAAGUUUAGCCAAGUAAACAUUAAAGCAGUCUUAACGUAGGAAGAAGCAUUUUUAAAUACCUAGUUAGAGGAUGUUCCAGAGAAAAGGUACAGAGAGACGAGAUAGAUGGGUAAAUCUGUUACAGCUGAUAAUUCUCCCUUGUGUUUGUUUAUUUGUGCAUCAUGGUGACUGUCUCGUGUUGAAAUGGGUGUUUGAUCUGUCCUAAUGCAUUUGGGUGUGACUUGUUCCUUCCUUGUAACUAUGUGCAUCAACAUCUGUAUGUGUGCUAAGCUGAUUCCAUAAUUCAGUCCUGUGUGUUUUUUGUUUUACGGACUGUGAUGAUGUGGCUUAUAGCUGUAGUAGGAUGUGUUCAGCCAUUGUCUGUAGCACCAGUAGACUGCAUUCCUCUCCUGUCCACCUGUGGUACUGACCUGACCAAACACAACGUGGCAGGAGUAUAGGUAGAGAAAAAUGGAACAAGCUGCUUUAUACCUUUUUAGAGAACAGCAGCCGCCCCCCGACCCUGAGGGAAGGUGUUGUUCACACAGCUGUGCCACCAGUCGUGCUUUGAUUAUGCUCAAUAACCAAGGCGAUCAAUAUGCAGAGUUUUGGUGCUCCCUGGUCACAGAGGGGUUGUGUUUAUGUGGCUCUCACUGAUUGUAUAUAGAGAAAUAAAGAGUUUUUAAAAGAAAA